AUGCGGGUCGUGUCGAAGGCGGUACAGACUCGUCACAUGCUGGUGGGGCCUCGCCGCCGCGCCCGCAUGCAUUAUGGAGGCUGCCCUGCCCAUUGUGGCGGCCGGCCGCGCCGCUAUCAGAUUUCAUGGAUCGUGCAGGCCGCGGCCGGCUCGAUGCGAGCUGCAAACGCCCCGCGGCGGUCGCACGACGCCCCGGUCGCCACUUGCCGAUGGCGUCGGCGGCCGCCACCCACCUGCCCGCGGCGCGGCGCGCCGUCCCGCCCCACUCGCCCAGUGUCGGCAACAGCGGAGGUGCCGCCCUGCAGACUCCCUGUGGCUCUUUAUUCGGACGAGUCGCGCUUAUCCGUCGGAGGCGACGACCACCGGCUCCCCGGCGCGGCGCUCUGUUCACUUCGUAGAGAGCCGGGGUCCGGCGUCUGCCCGCUGGCCGCUCUCGUCGUGCCUUGCGAUUCUCCACGGCGCAAAGUGGCUGGCAAAGUGGACGGGGCGGGAUGCCUGCGCAUGCGCAGCGCGCAGUCCGGCGCCAGCGAGUCGCCAGCCCGUCUUGCAGCCGUCCAGACGUCCUCGCAGUGGACGGGACGUGACCGGGAAGACGAUGACAUCGACGGCAGCGGCCGCGGUGGUCCACCACUGCCCCCUCCGCCGCCUCCCAACCCGCACGGUUUCCCGUUACCGGGACCAAAGGGCGAGAAGGGGGACCCUGGCUCUCCGGGUCCUCCUGGAGACAGUGUAGAGGGUCCGCCAGGCCUCCCGGGUCCUCAGGGACCACCUGGACCUCCUGGGGAGCCUCUGGCCAUCCAUCCAGGCGACCCCAAGUACGAGCUUUGGAGAGGUCCGCCGGGACCGCCUGGGGUGUGCUCGUGUGAAGACCGGCCACAGCCUAAAGUCGAGGAUGCCAUAGCCGGCCCUCAGGGACCAAAGGGUGACAAAGGGGACGCUGGAACUCCAGGAGCACAGGGACCGCCGGGACUCAAAGGCGAGCCUGGAAGAGAUGGAUCACCUGGAAGUCCUGGACCGCCUGGAAGCCCCGGUCCGCCUGGAACAGUGGACCCAGACACACUCAAGGCGCUGGCGACGGCCGGUCCCCCGGGAGCCGUGGGCGAGAAGGGCGACCCGGGACUGCCUGGAGCGGCUGGAGGCCAGGGCGAGCCCGGCCCCGCAGGUCCCAAGGGCGACCCGGGCCCCGCAGGCGCGCCCGGCCCCGCCGGACACCAGGGUUCUCCGGGUCUACCUGGAGUCCCUGGACCGAAGGGCAGCCAAGGGCCUCCGGGACUGGACGGCGCGCCCGGCGUGCCCGGAACCGAUGGCAGGGACGGCGACAAGGGCCUCAAAGGUGAUCCAGGGAUUCCAGGGAGAGAAGGGCCACCCGGUCCUCCAGGACCGACGCCGGAGCUGCCCAUCCUCAACGAGGUUGCUCCAGUUCCAGGACAGAAGGGCGAUCGAGGAGAGGCUGGACCAAAGGGCGCGCCUGGAGAGCCCGGUCCCAAAGGCGACAGGGGAGAUCCUGGGCGACCUGGAGUUCCAGGGGAGGACGGCGGUCCAGGACCGCAGGGCCCACGAGGUCCACAGGGCGACCGCGGCGAGCGCGGCCUUCCUGGAGCUACCGGGGCGCCGGGACCGAAAGGAGAGCGCGGUCCUCCAGGACCCCGCGUGGAGGUGGGCGCCGGCACGCCGCUGGUGCUGCAGAAGGGCGACAAGGGCGACCCGGGGCGGCGGGGGCGGCGGGGGCCGCGGGGGCCCGUGGGGCCGCCGGGCAAGCCGGGGCCGCGGGGCGACCUGGGGGCGGCCGGCCUCACGGUGAGCAAGGGGCUGUGGGGGGCGACAGCAUCACGGCAGCGGGGAAGGGGCGUUCAGGGGCCAGUGUCGUACGCUGGCCUCAAGGAAAAUCCAGGGAGUCUCCAGUGA